AUGGACCCGGUCUUUAACGAUACUUCCACCUAUGAGCGCUCGGUGUAUAAGCAGGUCCUGCAAACACACGAUGGAUGGUUGCACGGAGGGUUGAAAGAUGCGGGGGAACAGAGUCAGACCCAAGAUGCUGGUAGUUUUCAUGGUUCGCAACCGAAGUGUGGGAUGCAGAAUGAAAUGAUUGCUUCUGCGUACUACCCUCCCAACCCAGCGUCAGGGUCCGAAAAUCCUGGCCAUCAGAGCUCAGGUUUCUCUCACCCCGACUCCACUUGUUCCCACGCUGCUCCGAUUGCUCCGGUAUCCCAAAGCUUUGCCACUGGGAACGAAGUAGAUCAUGCCCACAACCCGGAGCAGUCAAGCAUGCCGGACCGCCUAGUUGCUGAGGAGCACGGGGGACAUUAUGCGGGAGGUAUCAAUUUCCAGCAACUCCUCGACAAUCUUUCUCAGCCCAACCCCGGUGCAACCACUCCCGCUGUCUCUUCCGCAGAGAACUCGUCUUACCACCAAGCACCCGCUGGCGAGUCCCUCAAAUCCCAGGGCAUCCCUGCCCCCCCUCAAGCCCAAAGCUACGGUUCUAUUCAGGCCCAUUAUACUCGAACUGGCGAGGUGGCAUAUCACCAACUUCCCCAUGAUGCUGUUGCCACUGCAAUGCCUGCCUACUCAGCCCAGCCUUGUAAAAUCCAACUCCCAAACCAGUCUCAGCCAUUUACCAUUGCUUCGGGAGAGCACUUGGCUUUCAACAACCUACCUCCUCCUAUUGCCACCUACCCGCAAACUCCAUCUACCGGUGCCGAAUCUCAGGGCUCUUUGCAAGAGCCUUCUGUAGCCUCCAAGAAAGGCCGUGUUGACAAGCAGGGCCGACCUAUCAAGCUUUCUGAUGAUGAUGCGCCCUGGGGACCAGAGGUUCAAAAGAAAUAUGACGAGUUUCUGCACGAUGAGCGGGUCUAUGUGACAGAAGGUCUUUGGGAUCGGUUCCCGAUAGGCUCCAGGCUGUUUGUUGGCAACCUUCCUACGGAAAGAGUCACCAAGCGAGACAUGUUCCAUGUCUUCCAUAAGUACGGCAAACUGGCUCAGAUAUCGAUCAAGCAGGCAUACGGCUUCAUACAGUUUCUGGAGGCGAGUUCCUGCCAUGCGGCUCUCGGCGUCGAGCAGGGAGCCACCGUGCGGGGCAGGAAGAUACAAAGACCUAACUGUCCCCAGAUCUUGAAAUUUCAAAGCCACAGCGAUCGGCCCGACCCGUUCAAGCACCCGAAGCUUCCCGUGCACCGCCGCCACGUCGUUCUCGGUCACCGGAGUUCAGCCGUGCCGGUUCUGGCCGAACUAAUGCUCGGGCCCCAGUCGAUCGAUACGACCGGUCUAAGCCCUAUGAAGCAAGUCGGCUUCCAUUCAGUGAUUUCCGGGAUGAACCUUCUCAUCGCAGCAGACGCGACGAUUAUCGCCUGCCGCGAUCGCCUUCCCCGCGACCCUUUCGGGGGUCUAGAGAUGGGUAUCGGUCGCGCGACAGAACCCCGGAAAGAUUCGAUCGUCGCGAGCGAAGGCGCUCUCGUUCUCCACGUUCCCCUCGCUCUCCUUAUUCCAGAGAUCGGCGUUACCGCAGCAUCAGCCCGAGACCCCGUGGUGUCUAUGAAGGCGAAGCAGAUUUACCUGUGCCUCGGCGAGCCCAGCGAGACGUACCAGAGAAACUUCGUUCUUCAUGUAGAGAACGCUUUCCGCAACCGUGGGUUGCGAGUAGAUGUCCUAGUGCUUGGCCCACGGAUCCCUCUUGGCGCUGCCGUGCAUCGUCAGUUUAUUGAAGGUGUUCUUGCGGUUGUUCGCCUCUCUCGUCCGAACCAAGUUUCUCGAAAGAUUCCUCUACAGCUAUUUGAUCGAACCGCUGGAUUGGAUAAUGUCCGCUUCCUUGAUUACCCUGAGCUGGAGCCUAACAUGUCUGCUGAACUCCUGAGCCACCAAUCCCAAGCAAUGCAGCGAGGAGCAGCACCAACUGCAUUUGCACCCAAUCCUAGUUUCAUCAUCCCUCCUGCACAGCCUAUGCCGGUCCCUCCGCCCGGCUUGCCUGCGCUUUCAAAUCCACCCAACAUAGCGAACCUCAUUGGUUCACUUGAUGGUCCUAGCCUUUCAACGCUCUUGGCGGCGCUCCAGCGACCUCCCCAUUCACAGCCCGUGUCCGCUACUCAGUCGCCCUUUUCCUCACCAAACCCACCUCCUGCCGAUCUCGCCAGUCUCCUGACCAACGCGCAUCGGCCUCCACCCAUGCAAACCAUCCAACAGCAACCCCUUCCUCACCUACCCUUCAAUCUCCAGUCUGUAAAUGCACCCAUCAUCACCGAUCCAGCUCUACUCUCGCUCCUGGCCAAAGGACUAGGUGGACAACAGCAGCAAAGCCAGGGACCCGUAGGUCCCCAGGUACAGAAUCUGAUGCAGCACCUGGCCAAAUGGAAGCAAUGA